UUGAUGUGUGAAGUGUGGGCUGGGGACGUUUGAAUGGGCUGUUCUGCUCGCGCUACAAUGUUUACCGAAAACAAACCUACAAAGCAGUGAUGAGGCAGAAAAUUGGUUUAAUAUUUUGGUGAAAACAUAAAAGAUGGAGCGAAUUAAUAGAGGAAAUGGACACCGAGUGAGAUAAUUAACUCCGGAAGAUGGCAGCAAUGCAACAGUAAUGAUGCUGUAAAACCUCAAAGAAGAAGAAAGGACCGGAAACUACGCAAAUAUGACUAGAUAGCGUAAUUUCAAUGUGUUAAACAGCAUGGCUCUCGUUCCUUAUGUAGAGAAUGCGAUACCUGCGCUUUCCAAACUGCAAAAUUCAUCAGCACAGUUUAAUUUUGCCAACCAUGAUAUCCGUCUUGUCCAGGACUGGAAAAAGCUAGGGGUAGCAGCAGUUGUGUGGGAUGCGGCUGUUGUCAUGUGUAUGUACCUGGAGCUGGGGCAGGUGGAGUUAAAGGGGAAGGUGGCUAUUGAACUGGGAGCUGGCACUGGACUGGUCGGCAUUGUAGCAGCUCUGCUGGGUGCCAAUGUAACCAUCACUGACAGACAGCCAGCCUUGGACUUCCUCUCAGCCAACAUCAAGGCUAAUCUUCCCACAGAUGUCCAGGGAUCAGCGGUUGUGUCAGAGCUUUCCUGGGGCGAAGGCCUUGAACGGUACCCAACUGGGGGAUUUGAUCUCGUGCUGGGAGCAGAUAUUGUUUACCUGGAGGACACCUUUGUGCCACUGCUGCAGACUUUGGAGCACCUGAGUUCAGACACCACUGUGGUGCUGUUGGCCUGUAAGAUCCGCUAUGAGCGAGAUACUAACUUUUUGGGCAUGUUGAAGCAGCAGUUCAGAGUUGAAGAGGUUUACUAUGAGAAACAAAGGGACAUCCAUAUAUAUAAAGCUUGGAAACUGCCACCCAGGAGGGAUUUGUGAUGGUUGAGUGUCCUAACUUGUCAGUUUUCUUUUAAUUUCUUGUUUGUAGUAACUGAUUUUGUAUGAGAAUCAAAUAAAAUGAAUGAAAAAAAAAUCAAAGAUUACCAGAAACACAUUUAUUAACAGCUGCCAAAAAUGUAAUAUUUGAAUAGCUCUAACAUAAUGUACUGUAUUAUACAAGUUGGUGCUGACAUUUAGAAAUCGUGAAUAGAAAAUGAAUGAAAAGCAACAUAAAAAAAGCAUACUAUGUCAUGACUAUACAUAAUACCUAAAGAAUACAAUAUGGCAUUCCAUUAUCAUGAAAAUAUCCACUUUUGUUCACUGUGAAGUCGGUGUCUCCUUGAUUUGGUCGCACUUUACAAUCCUUUUGCAGGGUAUUUGAUAGGUGCAAUCUUGAAACUGUACUUGAAAUUUGAUGCUCCACACAACUAACAAACAUCCAAUCAAAUGCAUGGUCAUGCCUUGAUAAUAAGCAACAAAACAUUCAUGGACAUUUUGAUUAAUUACUAGUUAGCAGUGUUACUCUCAAGUGAAACCAUUUGACUGUCAGCGCUGCGUGAGACCUUCCUGUUAAAUCAUGUGAAAUGUAGCAGGAUUGUAUAUGCAAGGAAAGUGCACAUGCCACUUUGCAAUUAUGUAAACAGAAUUUGGAGACAGACUUUGCUGAUGCCUUGAAAGUCAGGAACAAAACUACAUAGAAGAGUUUUCCCAAGACUUUCCCAAUAACAAAAAAAAAAAUUGGGAUAUACAUGUUCAAAGACAGCGUAUCAGACCAACAUAUCAGGGAAUCCAUGAUUUCAUCUGUCUCCACAAUUUGUUUAAAAAAAGGCAGACAAAGUAUUUCUUUCGUUGCAUAACAAGUUAUAAGUAGGGCUCAUUAUUUCUGGUCUUCAUCUUUAAAAGAAUCCAGGAAAUCACCAGCAUCUGUAUUGAAUUAAAAAAAAACCGAAAAUGGAUUUUAAUAAAAAUCCACGAUACAAAAACAAAUUUUAAAAUACCACUUGUAGCACAGAUACUAGUUUAACCGCUUUUUACCUCAUUAUGUCAAUUAGUCUGGUGCAUGUAGGAACAAAACUGCAACAUCUGUUUUGUUUUUUUCUUUCACUUUCCACUCAUUUCAUUUGAGCUGUUCUUGCCACAAGAGGGCCUAAAGACUCCUGUGAACAGUGUCUUCUUGUAGCAGGAAACAACUUUUGGAUGAGUGUGGACAGAAUUUCAAUUUCAGUCCUUUUAUAAAUCUGGAGAUGUUUUGGUGAAGGUCAGUAAGAACUGGAAAACGAUGAUAAUAGUAAAUGUAUUAAAUCACAGUAAUAAACAUGGGGAACAUGCAUCAGAGACCCAGUAAACACUUGAGGAACUCUUUAACCAUAAAUGUUUUUCUUGACAUUAAUUACUGUGUCUGUAAAACUUAAAAAAAAGCUAAAAAGACACAGUAAUUUUAGAUUUUGACUCCUAUGGUGUCCAAAUCCACUGAUAUCCUUGCUCUACAAUCUCUCUUCACUGUGUAUUUUUAAAGCUGCAUUUAACAUAAAAAAAAAAAAAAAAAAAAAAAAAAUUUUA